GCUGGUCGGGCUGCGGGGGCGCUCCGGGGUGUAUACAGCGGGCGGGCCGGGGCGCUCCGGGGGCGCGGGCUCUGUGCGCCGGAAGGCUGGGGAGCCGGUGCGCUCCCGGUGCCUGGGGUCAGGGCCAGAGGAGCCAGUGCGCUCCGGGUGCCCGCGGUCCGGACCGGGGGCGAAGGGGGCCGGGCUGUGCCAGGCGGGAGCGGUGCCCCACGAGGCGGUGGGGAGCGAGCCCGCUCCGGUGCUGCGGCAGGAAGGGGAGCCCCGGUCCUUGGGCACCGUAGCGCUCCGGGGGGGACCCAGCAGCCCGGUGGCCGGGCGCCUGCUGAGAAGAGCGUCUCCCCCCUGCCCACCGCAGUGUUCCGGCCACCGGCCACCCGCACGGCUGCUCCCACCGGCUGGGCCGAGGCGCUGGACAUGGACGCUGAGGAUGACCCCUUGUUGCAAGACGCUUGGCUCGAGGAGGAGGAGGAGGUUGCCUUCGGCCCCCGGAAGAGGAGCGAGGGUCCCCAGCUGUGCGGCAAAUGCCAGUGGAAUCCCAGGCCGCUGCCGACAAUGCUGCCGGCGUCCGGCUUUUGGAACGUGCUCGGCUGGGUCUUCACCAACCCGUGCUGUGCUGGUGUUAUCCUCUUCCUGGGCUGUGCCAUCCCUGCCGCCCUGGCCGUCGUCAUGUUCCUCCACUACCCUACCCUGGAUAUUGACAUCUCCUACAACGCCUUCGAGAUCAGGAACCAUGAGUCCUCGCAGCGCUUCGAUGCGCUCACCCUGGCCCUCAAGUCCCAGUUCGGCUCGUGGGGCCGGAACCGCCGGGACCUGGCCGAUUUCACCUCGGAGACCCUGCAGCGGCUGAUCUUCGAGCAGCUGCAGCAGCUCCACCCCAACGCCUCUGGGCUGGGCGGUGGGGCCAGGCCAAAGCGCAGCGCGGCACUUCCCGUGGGUGGAGGGAGGACCAGCCCUGCUGGGCCCGAGGCCCGGCGGAGCCCAGGGAACCAAACCUCCCGCCUUGCCCGGGGCACUCCGCACUGGGACUACUCCAGCGCCUACGUCAGCGCCAACACCCAGACGCACGCCCACUGGCGCAUCGAACUCAUUUUCCUGGCCCGAGGGGACUCCGAGAACAACAUCUUCACCUCCGAGCGCCUGCUCACCAUCCACGAGAUCGAGCGGAAGGUCAUGGACCACCCCCACUUCCGGGAGUUCUGCUGGAAGCCCCACGAGGUCCUGAAGGAUCUUCCUCUGGGCUCCUACUCGUACUGCUCCCCUCCCAGCUCCCUCAUGACCUACUUCUUCCCCACCGAACGGGGUGGCAAGAUCUACUACGAUGGCAUGGGGCAAGACCUGGCCGAUAUCCGAGGGUCCCUGGAGUUGGCCAUGACCCACCCGGAGUUCUACUGGUAUGUGGAUGAGGGGCUGUCGGCGGAGAACAUGAAGAGCUCCCUCCUCCGCAGCGAGAUCCUUUUCGGGGCCCCCCUGCCCAACUAUUACUCGGUGGAGGACAGGUGGGACGAGCAGCGCAGCAAGUUCCAGAGCUUCGUGGUCACCUACGUGGCCAUGUUGGCCAAGCAGUCCACCAGCAAAGUGCAGGUGCUGUACGGUGGGACAGAUUUGUUUGACUAUGAAGUGAGGAGGACCUUCAGUAACGACAUGCUGCUGGCCUUCAUCAGCAGUAGCUGCAUAGCAGUCUUGGUCUAUAUCCUCACCUCUUGCUCGGUGUUCCUGUCUUUCUUCGGCCUGGCCAGCAUCGGGCUGAGCUGCCUGGUGGCACUGUUCCUGUACCACGUGGUGUUCGGGGUCCAGUACCUGGGCAUCCUCAAUGGCGUGGCCGCCUUUGUCAUCGUGGGGAUCGGUGUCGAUGACGUCUUUGUCUUCAUAAACACCUACCGCCAAGCCACCCACCUGAAGGACCUGCAGCUGCGCAUGAUCCACACCAUCCAGACGGCAGGGAAGGCCACCUUCUUCACCUCCUUGACCACGGCCGCGGCCUACGCCGCCAACAUCUUCUCACAGAUCCCGGCCGUGCACGACUUUGGUCUCUUCAUGUCGCUGAUUGUGUCCUGCUGCUGGGUGGCCGUGCUGUUCACCAUGCCGGCUGCCCUUGGAAUAUGGACCCUCUACGUAUCCCCCCUGGAGAGCUCCUGUCAGGCCAGCUGCAGUCAGAAGUGCGGGAAGACGAGCACCUUGCCCAUUGCCGACGACCUGUUACUCGCCUCGGAGGACACAGCCGCUCCAGGCCAGGGGUCACUCCCGUACCUCGAUGAUGACAUCCCACUGCUCAGCGUGGAGGAGGAGCCGGGUUUGUUUCAGGAAAAGCCCCACAAUCUGCAGAGCAACAUCCGAACCUCCUUGGAGAAGAAGAAACGGGGCUCGGGACCCCCUUGGGGGAGCAGAGGGGGCACGGCUGAUGCUGUGAAGCAGGAUCCCCAGGGGACUGUGUAUGUCUCCAAGUCCAAAGGCCAGGGCAGGCCAGCCGUCUACAGGUUCUCCCUCAACGCCAGCGUUCCUGCCUCGUGGCAGACGGUGUCCCCGGGAGAUGGGGAAGUGCCCUCGUUCCAGGUGUAUAGAGUUCCUUUCGGUAACUUCACCAAGAAGCUGACAGCUUGUGUGUCCACAGUAGGGCUGCUUCAGCAGACGAGCCCCCGGAAAUGGAUGAUGACCACCUUAUCCUGCGAUGCCAAGAGAGGCUGGAAGUUCGACUUCAGUUUCUACGUCGCGGCCAAGGAGCAGCAGCGAACGCGGAAGCUGUAUUUCGCCCAGUCGCACAAGCCCCCUUACCACGGCCGAGUGUGCAUAGCGCCCCCUGGCUGUCUUCUCAGCUCUAGCCCGGACGGACCCAACAAAGGUUUCCUCUAUGUGCCCAGCGAGAAGGUGUCCCCCAAGGUGAAGCUCUCGGCCACCUCGGGCUUUAACCCGUGUGGGAACACUGGCUGCGGGAAGCCGGCAGUGCGGCCGCUGGUGGACACAGGGGCCAUGGUGUUUGUGGUGUUUGGCAUCCGCGGGGUGAAUCACACCCGACGCCCGGAUAACCACGUCAUCGGAGACAUGGGCAGCGUUAUCUACGAUGACAGCUUUGACCUCUUCAAAGAGAUUGGCAACCUGUGCCUCAUCUGCAAGGCCAUUGCCGGCAAUGCUGAACUGGUGAAGCCAGGAGGGGCCCAGUGCCUGCCCUCAGGGUACAGCAUCUCCUCCUUUCUGCAGAUGCUGCAUCCCGAGUGCAAGAACCUCCCUGAGCCGAACCUGCUCCCCGGGCAGCUCUCCCACGGGGCGGUGGGGGUGAAGGAUGGCAAGGUGCAGUGGAUCUCCAUGGCUUUUGAAUCGACGACCUACAAGGGCAAGUCUUCUUUCCAGACAUACUCCGACUACCUGAAGUGGGAAACUUUCUUGCAGCAGCAGCUCCAGCUCUUCCCUGACAGCUCCGCUCUCCGGCAUGGCUUCCAGACCUGCGAGCACUGGAAGCAAAUCUUCAUGGAGAUCAUAGGUGUGCAGAGCGCCCUGUACGGUCUCCUCCUCUCGCUGGUUAUCUGCGUGGCUGCAGUCGCCGUGUUCACCACCCACCUUCUCCUCCUGCUGCCGGUGCUGCUCAGUAUCUUAGGGGUCGUCUGCCUGGUGGUGACCAUCAUGUACUGGUCCGGCUGGGAAAUGGGAGCCGUGGAGGCGAUUUCUCUCUCCAUCCUCGUCGGCUCCUCCGUAGAUUACUGCGUGCACCUGGUGGAGGGCUACCUGCUGGCGGGGGAGAACUUGCCCCUUCACCAGGCAGAGGACCCCACCUCCUGCCGCCAGUGGAGGACGAUCGAAGCCGUCCGGCACGUGGGCGUGGCCAUCGUCUCCAGCGCUGUCACCACGGUGAUCGCCACCGUCCCGCUCUUCUUCUGCAUCAUCGCCCCCUUUGCCAAAUUCGGGAAGAUCGUGGCCCUCAACACAGGCGUCUCCAUCCUGUACACCCUGACUGUGAGCACUGCCCUGCUGGGCGUCCUGGGGCCCAGCACCUUCACCCGCAGCAGGACUUCCUUCCUCAAGGCCCUGGUGGGCGUUCUCCUGGCCGGCGUCCUGGGGCUGUGCGUCUGCCUGGCCCUGCUGCAGAGUGGCGUGAAGAUCCCCCUCCCCAACGGGACAUCCCUGUAG